AUGACGACAUUUACAGCCAUGAAUGGGGCCGGCUCACCAAAGGUUGCCAAUGCCAAUGGAGACUCUGCGAGUACAAAGCGCGCAGGUUCCUCAGAGCGCACCAACGGCCCUGCACACGCCUCAGAUCAAACGUCCAAACAGCAACCCUCAAGUGACGCCCCCAGCAACCAUAGGGAACGUGACGGCUGGGCUCAAGGGGUCCCGGGCCAUGAGAGACAGCCGUACUCACCAGCAAAUUACGCGGACAAGGAGAGCUCGCACAAGCGCAAGAGGUCGAGCUCUGCUGAAUCACCGCGGAGAGAAGCACCUGCACAGGCUGAGAGGCAACAGGAAGACGCCCGCCUCGAACGGUCACAGGACUCUGAGCCAGGGGAACGGGACCCAUACGAGCGUGACGCACGAGGGCGACAUUUUCGAUCGUACGCGGACGAGGGGCGGGAACGUGGCCGUGAAACGGACCGUGAGCGGGACAGGGACUCGUGGUACUCUCCCCAUGAGAGGCGAGAUGACCGGGAUCCUUAUAGUCAGCCACCCUCAGCGGCGCCCGAUUCGGCCAACACCGAAGAGCAAAUCGGAGACGCGCUGCGGAGAGCCACGGAGGACUACCCGCAAACCAGCCCGGACGGCGAUGACAUGUCAAUGUCCUACUCUGGACAAUACACACCAGAACAGAGAAGAGACGGCGUGAUCCAAUCUGACCCCAAGAAGAGGAAACGAAACUUCAGCAACCGGACGAAGACGGGCUGCCUGACGUGCCGGAAGAGAAAGAAGAAGUGCGAUGAGGCAAAGCCAGAGUGCAGUAACUGUCUGAGGGGCGGGUUCGUGUGUGCUGGAUAUCCUCCACAACGAGGGACGUGGCCCAAGCCCGAGAGCAAGGUGCAGACCAUCCAGAUCGAGUCCAAGGACCCGAACUACGUGCCCCCGGGAGCAUACGGGAUGCCGCAACCAGCAAACUUCCCACAGCCAGCGGUUUUUCCACACCAGCAGCCACCAAACCACCAAGGGAAACGCGAGCCAUUGCCAUCCUACCGAGGCCAGCCGCUGCGGAUCGAACCACCUCAGGGGCGACCCGUGCUCACCGACGACGAUAGGCUCACAGCCUCGACCCUGCCGACCGCAUCGGUCAUGGACCCGAACGAAAAGCUGUCGGCCCUGUCCUCGGCGUAUCCCAACACCCCGGCCAAUGUGUUUCCGACCCCCGUCAGCGCGGCGCCGGUUCCCUUCCCAGAGCGGGGCCCUAAGGAGUACCAGCGUGUGCCCCCGCUGCACGACCUGACGCGGACAGAGCCCGACCUGACGCCACAGAGCACAACGCUGCCGCACAUCAACAUCAUGCACGCCACGCGCACCAACAGCCCAAUCGCCACACCACAAUCCAGUACGAAUCCGCAGACGACAGCGCAGCUUGCCCUUUCGCACACAUCGCAGUUUCCGUCGCCAAUAGUACCGCCGGCUGGCGGGGCAGCAGGGGGGGUAACUGGUGGUGGCGGUAGUGGCACGGCAGGCCAGGCGGCGGGCGGCGCCGUCAGUAGCGCCAGCAGUAAUGCGUCGGGGCGGCGCGAGAAGGACGAGAUGAUUGCGGGGCGGCCUUUCUACCCGUUUGAGAAGGAGCUGGUGCUGGAGCGAGAGCGAUGCAACGCGGCUUGCUGGCGGUUCAACAACAGCACGAAUCCAAACAAUGGGGUGUCGCCGCUCGAGCGGGCGCGGCUGUUCCGGGAGAUCCUGAUGCCGCGCGACCCGAUCCAGCUGUCGCCGACGCAGACGAGCCCUGUGACGCACACGGGCCGGGUGGGCGAGAACGUGGUGGUGGAGGCGCCGUUCCAGUGUGACUACGGCUACAACGUGUCGAUCGGCAAGAACACCAUGAUCGGGCGCAACUGCACGGUGCUGGACGCGUGCGAGCUCACCAUUGGCAACAACGUCGUCAUCGGGCCCAAUGUCAACUUCUACACCACCACCAUGACGACGGACCCGCGCCGGCGCAACGGCGCUCGCGGCGCGUGCACGGGCAAGGGCAUCGUCAUUGAGGACGAUGUCUUUAUUGGCGGGUCCGUGACUAUCCUCGGCGGCGUCAGGAUUGGCAGGGGCACGACGGUGGGUGCCGGGAGUCUUGUUACCAAGUCCCAGCCUUCGCACGUCAUCGUCGCGGGAAGCCCUGCCAAGGUCCGGAGGGGAAUCGCCUCGAUGUAUCCAUGA